AUGACGACAUAUACUGUUACUCUGUGUUUGUUACUGGUGAGUAAAAACUCCCUAGUCCGCCAGAAAAGAGCGUGGAUCAUAGAUUCAUUCAGUAUAGAGGAGGAGAGCCCUGGUCCUUUCCCUUACUCACUGGGAGUUAUUGAACUUGAACGGAAUUACUUGGUAAAUUUCUUGCUUCACGGCAGCGGUGUUGAUGAGGAUCCUAAGGAUGUUCUCGAUAUCAACAAAAAAACAGGAGAGAUUCUUGUGUAUAAGAAAGUGGACUAUGAGACCUUUCGAUUUCUUAGGCUGAGAUUUGAGGCUGUAAAUGUCUCCAACAAUGAAGUGGACACAAGACUUGGAGUUGAGAUAAAGAUACGGGAUAUUAAUGAUCACACACCAAAGUUCCAACAACAAGUUUAUGAAAGAGCUGUGGAGGAAUCUAUUUCACAGGGUGAGACACUGGUCACUGUGUUUGCAUCUGAUGCUGAUGACAACAGUACCCCCAAUGGAACCUUUUCUUUCAGAAUUGUCAGUGUCUCUCCCGAGACCAAAAAUGCUGAGUUUUUUAUAAAAAACUUAGAAAGAGUGCCAAGUGGAACAAUAUCUUUUAAAGGAUGUUUGGAUUAUGAGACAGCCCAGAAAUAUAGCAUCCUGGUUGAAGCAAAGGAUCAUGGAGACAAAGUGCAACUCUCCAGCACAACUACAGUGAUGGUCAACAUUAUAGACAAAAACAACCACCUACCUAAGAUUACUGGUCAAACAGGUUCAGGAUCAAUAAAGGAAAGAGAGAGUGGAAUUGAAGUUCUUCGAUUCCAAGUAACGGACAAAGACAGUCAUGGUUCACCAGCAUGGAAAGCCAGAUACACCAUUCAUGGUGACAAGGGAAAAUAUUUUAAGAUUGAAACAGACCCAGAAACCAAUGAGGGGAUUUUAACUGUUCAAAAGCCUAUAGACUAUGAGGAGUUCACUGAGAAAAAUAUAUCAAUUGGUGUGGAAAAUGAAGAACCUUACUUUUCCUGCAAAAUUAAAAAUCGUGUGAAAACCGGUCUAUGGGAUGUGGAGACCAGCAGCAAGCAAGGUAGUGGAAUCAAACCCAAGCUGUACCCAGUCACAAUCAAGGUGGAGGACGUGAAUGACCCCCCCUUUUUUAAACCAAUUGUCAAACAUGCAAUGGUGAUGGAAAACUCAGAAGUGGGGCUCCUGCUGGAGACAUUUACAGCGAUUGAUCUGGAUGGGAGCUAUGCCAACAAAUUUCAAUAUUUAAAAGAAAGUGACCCAGCAGAUUGGGUGACUGUGGAUUCAAAGACUGGUCAAGUUUUCACAGCAAAAGUUAUUGACAGAGAGUCACCAUUUGUAAACGACAGCACAUACACGGUUACUUUGUCUGCAGUUGAUUAUGGUGAGCCACCAAUGACAGGCACAGGAACCCUGAUUAUUCACAUUAAAGACCAGAAUGAUAAUGUGCCAGUCCUCUCUGUGAAUACACUAGAUAUGUGUCUGUCUGAUGAGCCAACCAGGACCAACCUCACUGCUAUAGACCCAGAUAUUUCACCAUACAGCGGACCAUUCCACUUUGAACUCAUAGGGGAUGUGGAGGGGAAAUGGAGAUUUGAUCCUAGCUAUGGCAUGACGGUGGACUUGAUCAAGGACAGCACAGUGUAUGCAGGGCAUCAUGAGCUUUUGGUGAGAGUCUCAGACAAUCAGGGACAUGAAUCACUGCAGAACCUCUCAGUUACUGUGUGUGACUGUUCUGAGACACCCACCUGUCACAUCAGGCGGAGUUCUACAUCAAAGAUGGGUGGAGGCUCUAUUGGCAUCAUCAUCUUUGCCCUGCUGAUGCUGCUGGCUCUCAUGCUCCUGGCCAUUCUGAUCUCUUGUAAAGAAGCAAAGCCUGUCAUCCUCAUGGAGGACGGGCCUGAGUGGCAUUUGCUGCCAUCUAACACUGAGACACCAGGAACAGACUGUGAGAAGCUCCACAUUCUCCGUGCCCCAGGAGAGGAGCUUGGUGAUUAUGCUCCUCAUGUCUAUGCAGAGGAGGGAGAGUCUGUGGCUGAUGCCCAGUUGGAUGUCAUCUCCAUACCAGAGAGUGAUUUUGGUCCAGACAAACUCAAAAACUUAGACCACAGAUUCAACACCCUCGCAUCCAUAUGCAGACCACACCUCAUAGAGGCACAAACUGCAAGCUAG